AUGUCGACAUCAACUAGUACAAGUAUUGGUCGUAAGGCCUUGCAAGGCCUUGCAGCAGGAAUCGGACUCGUCUCCGAAGCAAAGUCGGCCCAUAAAUUAAAAAAACAACAGCGCUCUUCACUUUCAUCGAACGAAGAGGUUCUCAGAAAUGAAAUGCCAAUCGAGAGUGGUGGCCCUCCAGUGUAUGAGUUGUCAUUGUCAACAUCAGACCGAAUAACCCCCAACCCCACUGGAAUCGACUUAGAAAGUCAGUGGGCUCUUGAUGAGGCUCAGGUAGAACUUACACACAUGUCUUCCAACCCUGAUGUGGAAAAGGAAAAGAAAUCUCGAAAGGAACUUGAAAUCGAACAAGGUGACCUGGCGCAAAGGUUCAUUUCCGACCAUCCACCCCCAUACUCUCUACAAGACGAGUCUCCACGUCGGCAGCUGUCAGCACCGGUCGUGCUCCCUCAACGACGACCCAAAGAUCGAGAUCGAGGCUUUAUUCGCGCAUAUGCACCGACUCUUGGUGAUUGCGGUAUUGACCAAGACAUGUUCCUCGAUUUCCUAGACACCGCCGAGAAAUCCUGUCAAGCGGCCCAGUGGCUAAAUGCCAUCAACUUGGCUUCUAUUGGAACUAUGUGGCUGCCAACUGUCACUGGCAUUGCUGUUUCAAUUGCCAUUCAGAUUGCGACUGAUGUUGCGAUUGCUGCUGAUGGCCGACGAAAGGAGUUCUUUCAACCCCGUGGUCUGUACUGUCUGGUGAUGACAUGGAAUCCCGAACUCCCUGAUGCUCCCUCCACGGCCGUGGAUUUGAAUUCGCUCGUUUCCAACGCAGCCGGCAGUGCCAGUUCCCAAAGCUCGAACACGCUCGGUCGACUCCGUCAUCGCUUCAAGUCUUCGAAUGGAAAGGCAUACGGCAAUAUCUUUCCAGAAGUGGCUCCACUCAUCUUCCCUGAGAUUGAUCGACUCGCAUCGGAUCAAAACGCGGGAAAGAAACUAUCUAAAAUGAAGCGAAGGAAAGAAUUCGUCGGUGGAUAUUUGGAUAAGAGAGCCCAGGCUAAAUUUACAGCUGAAAACCCCACCAGUCAACUGAAUCAAGGCCCAAAGCCAGUCUUCACUUCCCGAUAUGCCGACCCAAGUCAUCCAGCGAGCAGCGGAGAUUUGCUCGCUUUCGUGAGUGGAGGUCGUUUCACUAUGGAAGACUUGCCACGCCGACAAGCUCCACAAUCUACCUUUGAAGGCCAAAGUCAACUACGAGGGCAAGAUCACUACUCCCAGGGGCGGGAUAAUCCAUGUUCCAACGCGCCAGCUCCUCAUGCCCCUCAUGGAAGCCCAUUCGGGUUAUUUGAAGCGAUUAGUGCUAUCAAGGAUUUCCGAAAUCCUCAGGCUGCCAAUGCCGAUCGGAUGCCGAGACAGAAUGCAUUCUAUAACCCCAAUAAUGGCUACUAUUCACACCAAGGCCAACUACCAGAUCAAAUGCCGAGACAAGACGCAUAUAACUCCAAUGAUGGCUACUAUGGAACACGGGGUCCGCUACCCGACCGAAGAGAAGACAGAGGGUCGACCAAUCCACUUUCAAAAUUGUUAAAAAAGGAAGUAAUGUAUCUGGCGAUUGUUAAUAUGCCUUCGGAUGAUGAAAUGCGGGAGGCUCAGAAUGCAUUGGGUCAGGCGAGUUACUAG